AUGAUGUGGAUCCAGCUUGCGAAUCCAUAUCUUUCAGGCACUAUUCCCAGUGAACUUUGGUUGAUGACUUCCCUGAAAUUUAUAUAUUUGGGCUAUGGGUAUGAAAUGCACGAGCAAGUGAGCCUCUUAACUGGCCAAUUCCCAACCGAGCUUGGUUUGUUCACAGACCUAACUGGCCUCUACAUGGGCAAUACCUUGAUGACAGGUUCCCUCCCCAGCGAAAUUGCCUUGGCUACAUCGAUGGAUCGGUUUUAUUUGAACAAUGUUGGGCUGACUGGUUCACUGCCGAGCGAGCUUGGAACGUUGUCCGUGCUGCGUGAUGUCGUCAUUAGAAACAACCCGCUAUCAGGGCCGUUCCCAAAGGAACUGCAGGAACUGACUGGUCUCACACGGAUUGACCUUGAAUACAAUGACUUCUCUGGCCGCCUUCCUACCAGCUUUCAAUCAUCCUCGAUCCUCAUUAUUCUGCAACUUGGAGGCAACCGAUUCUCUGGCCACAUCCCUUCUGAAUAUGGUGCUAUGCAGGCCUUCAAAAUACUGAAUCUAACCAAUUUGCCCCUUCUGACAGGAACGGUUCCACCUGAGUUGAGUUCUUUGUCCGAACUGGCCCAUUUGGACCUGAGUGGCAGUGAUGGCCUAUCGGGUACACUGGCAGAGGAUUUCUGUUACAUGCAGAAUUCGUCGUGCGUCAGGUGGUUCCGGUCUUGCAUUCUAAACUUUGAAUGCACUGACCAGCUUUGUGGUUGUGAUUGUCCAUGCUCGAAUCGAACAAACCUCACUGAUUAA